AUGACAGCCAAAUACCAAGCAUUAUUCAAGCCAAAGAACUUAGGACAAUUGCAAUUGCAGCAUAGAAUAGCCCUUGCUCCACUCACUAGAUUAAGAACAAAAGGUGAUGGUGUAAUUGAAGACUACGUACCAGAGUACUACCAGCAGAGAUCAACGAAAGGUGGUUUCUUGAUCUCAGAAGCAACCCUCAUCGCUAAGGAAGCUGGUUCUGCGUAUGGAAAACUCGAACCAGGUUUAUGGUCAAACGAACAACUCGAGCAAUGGAAGAAGGUCACAAAAUCAGUGCAUGACAAGGGAGCCUACAUUUACUCACAAUUAUGGGCACUCGGAAGAAUUGCCAACCCAGAAUUAUCAGAAAGGCUUGUUGGACCAUCAGCUGGCACUUACCAAGGCAAUAAGGUCGAGGAAUUGUCAGUUGAAGACAUAAAAAGAUACGUUAACCACUACAAGCAAGCUGCUAUCAACGCAGUAGAGACUGCAGGAUUCGAUGGUGUUGAGAUCCAUGCCGCUAACGGAUAUCUUAUCGAUCAAUUCACACAAAAAUUAACAAACCGUCGUACAGAUGAAUACUCAGCUGAGAGCUUGAAAUUCCCAUCAGAAGUACUCGAAGUUGUCGUCAACGCAGUCGGUCAAGAGAGAACUGGUAUCAGACUGUCACCAUUCAGCACAUUCCAAGAAAUGCGCGAUGAAAACCCAUUAGCAACAUUCACAUCAUGGGUUGAGAAAAUAGUUAAGACAUAUCCAAAAUUGGCAUACAUUCACUUUGUCGAUGGUACUACACCAGAAGACCAACGUGAUGGUAACAAACUCAAGGAUAUAAUCAGGGAUGCAGGUAUCGCUGUUAUCUCGAACAACACCUAUAAUCUCGAUGAAGCUUCAAAGAGAGCUGAAGAGAGAGAUGAAAUUAUUGCAUUCGGUAAAUAUUUCAUUGCAAACCCUGAUCUUCCAGACAGAGCUGCCAAGGAUCUCCCAAUCGUUAAAGCCGAUGUAAACACCUUCUACGGUGGUGGCAGAAAUGGUUACACGGACUACCCAUUCUAUAAAUAA